CUGUAUUCAGCAGUAUAAAAUCAAGAGUCUUCUCGAUACUCUGGACAUGACAUAAUUCGGAAGACCUCAGAUGUGAGACCCCGUAAGCUGCUAUGUCUGUCACCAACAGGCGGAUAAGUCACGGACCACAGCGGUGCGCAGCGGUUCAGUCUGUAGUCGACGAGAAGACGCCGCGUCACGAAGAUCAACAGAUGCGAGCCAACAAUCGGCCGCCCGAGAACAGCAUGGGGAACAUUUACGUCUGCAGCUUGCUCGUCGUACUCGCUAUGCUUCUUAUUACGGCGCAAUGCGGGGAUAUAAUGCGCAAGAGUAUUGUCUUUGACAAGAACACUCCGGACGUAUUUUACUGUCCGCAACACAAACCGAUUGGUUUUGAGAAGAUGCUGGUGAAGGCACGCCCGCUCUCUAGACUAUGUCAGUUUGAGGGUCGGCCGAUUCCCGAAGAUUACAAAAGCGACUGUUACAACGACGUGGACGAGACCGAAUACGCGUGUAAAGAAAAGUACAGAAUUAUGAUGAGACUUCAUCCACCAGGAAGUGGCACGCCUUAUAACGGGACACGUCUGUACAAGUUCUUGGCCUUCGAUAAAGAUUUACCGUACAUUCAAGAGAAAAAUCAAGUUAGUAAAGGAGAGCGGCUUUGCGUCCAAGGACGCGAGGGAAGUCAUUGUUGAUGCAAUCAACAGAUAUAUACAUUGACAGAAUAGAUUUUCAAGUUAGACGACGACUAAUAGGCAACUAUUAAUAAAAUAAAAGUAAUAUUGCUACUGAUGAUGGUUCCUGUAUAAUCCAAUUAACGAAUUGCAUCUCGAAUCUUUUUGAUCGGGCCGGACCCGCUCCUGACUUCUUAAUUUAUCUUAUCACUUAUUUAUUCGUCAUAAUAUUCUCGUGAAAUAUUUGAGAAUUAAUGAGAUUUUUACUUAAUUUAAUAUAAAUGAAUAAUUUUAUAUAAAAGCUUAUUUUCCU